AUAGUUGGUCCUUGUUGGCUGCCAAAGAAACAUUGAACUCCUCAACUUUUCACUCUCCUUCGGAAUGUUUCUAUCACUAUAUUACUGAAAGAAAGAUGAAAUGUGUUUCUCAAAUUGUCAAUCAUUAUUUAUGUUUACUCUCUACGAAAACAAAUCGACUAAACCAAAUAUUAGUCUCUAGAAUUUCACAUUUUUAUUUAAACCUGCGUUAUUUCUCUAUUCAACUAUGAAUCAGAGUAACCUAUUUGCAUGGUUUGUUGUCCUUUACUAACGGUAAACAUUUAGCCUACAUAGAUAACACAACUCGUAAUAAGCGAGCUGUCUUUUGGAAAGGCGGCUUAUUAUUAUUUAGAAAUAGUUUGCUUGUUUUUGUUAUGAGCCUGUUAAAUAUUUGAUUUAUAGUCAAAUUCAAUAACGAGUUUGAAACAAUAAAUGCUUGUCGGGAACAGAGAUUGGAGUAGGCCUAUGCCUACUAUAAUAGUUAGAAACAAAAAAAUACUUUCAUUUUGGUAUAGUUGUUCUAUCUAAUCAGACAACACCCACAACGCCAACAGAGUAAUCAUUAUAAAAAAUACUGUUUUGCAAAUCAAGCUUCUCAAAUAUUACGGCUCGAAUUCGACUACAAUUUAUCAUGUUUUAAAUUUUUUGUAUAGCCUAUAUUUUCUAGAAAUCAGGUCUGCCUAAAUGCAUAAGGCUCGUAGCCUCCUGCAUCCUGCAUAUCUGCAAGGGUUCUAAAUAGUGUCUUGAAAUUUUCGAUAUUGUCCCCUCAUGACGAAAAAAAUUGUAAACAGCUUCAGAGCGAAAAAGAGAUUUUGACCUCCAGCUGCUUGGAGAGUGGUGACUCCUUCAGAACACGUUUUGAAAAAAGUGUCUACAACUAAAAAAGUUGCAAACUGCGUAGUGCACAGAGCAGAUGGAAAAUAAAAGGAUUUCUGGAGACUGAAGUGCGGUUUCGGGUCUCAGCCCUUCAAGAAAAAAAACGUGGAUGGGUUUGUUGUUAGGGCGCGGAGGGCACAGCUGAUUGCAAGGUCACAACGCGAGGUGACUAUUUUGUUUACGUUUUUAGCAGCCGAAGCCAGACGGCGUCUUGCGUUGAAUAUAAAACGACAUAGGCGCGCGCUCCGCAGGUCAGUCUGUCAGUGAACGUUCAAUGAGAUGGUUGAUUAUUACGCGGAGUGGUUCAGUAGUGGUGCAUUUGUUUUAAUUAAUUUCAUCAGCUUCAUUACUCCAGUUUUUCAUUCCAGAUAAUCAGUUUCCUUAUUCCACUAGCAAGAUGAUGGGAUCAAAGAAUGGGAUCCACAAGAACGUGGAUGUGGAGAGCCUGAAAGCACUCGUCCAGCCCAACAACAUCAAAAUAAAACCAAUUGAGGAUAAGAGUGUUCUGGAAGGAUCUGUCAAACUCAUACAGCCUGCUAAAAGAAGAAAAGGAAGCUCCUUCAGACAGGUGAUCUCAUCAUUUGCUGCCAACAUAGGCACAAUAAAUACAGGAAUGACAUUUGGAUUCUCAGCCGUUGCUAUACCACAACUUGAAGAUCUGAGUAGCGAAAUCAAGAUUGACAAAUUCCAGGCAUCCUGGAUAGCCAGUCUGUCUGCUGUGACUACACCUAUAGGCUGCAUUCUGAGUGGCUACCUGAUGGACCUGAUGGGCAGGAAGAGAACUCUGCUCAUCACACAGAUUCCCAUGAUAAUAGGCUGGCUGAUCAUCGCCCAGGCAACCCGAGUGGAGGAGAUCUACAUCGGACGACUGUUGGUCGGACUCGGCUGUGGGAUGGUCGGAGCUCCAGCCCGGGUUUACACCGGUGAAGUGACUCAGCCUCAUCUCAGAGGCAUGCUGGCUGCCAUGGCUUCGGUUGGAGUCUCCUUAGGAGUGACCCUGGAGUACAUGUUCGGCGCGCUGUACAGCUGGAAGCUGGUGGCUCUGCUGAGCAGUACAGUACCGACAGUGGCGUUCAUCUGCUGCUUCUUCCUGCCUGAGACGCCAUCUUGGCUGCUGUCGCACGGCCAGGUGGACAAGUGUCGCAAGUCGCUCGUCAAGCUGCGAGGUCCCACCUGCGACGUCGAGCAAGAACUGCAGGACAUGGUCGCCUACUCCAACAAGAACAACCUGGCGCACUCGCUCACCUGGAAGGAGACCAUCCAGGCGCUCAUCCAUCCGUCGGCGCUCAAGCCGUUCGUCAUUCUCGCCCUCUACUUCGUCAUCUAUCAGUUUUCCGGCGUCAAUCCAGUCACAUUCUAUGCGGUUGAAGUUUUCAAGGAUUCAGGAGCCAAUAUGAAUAAAUAUCUGGCUACAGUUCUACUUGGCAUCGUGAGAUUGGUGUUCACAGUCGUUGCUUGUAUUGUUAUGAGAAAAUGUGGACGAAGGCCAUUGACGUUUGUCUCAAGUGUGUUGUGUGGUGCAUCAAUGGUGGGGCUAGGUGUCUACAUGUACCACUUCAAGUCUUCAGCUCCUUGGUUGCCGGUAGCUUUGAUUUUCAUAUUCAUUGCAGCUUCGACAAUUGGUUACUUGGUUGUACCUUGGGUGAUGAUCGGAGAGGUCUAUCCAACUAAGGUGAGAGGGAUAAUUGGUGGCCUAACAACAUGCACUGCACACUUCAGCAUAUUUUUGGUGGUGAAAACGUUUCCUCUGAUUCAAGAUGCCAUCAGCAAGCCGGGAACCUUCUGCCUGUACGGCGUCAUAUCUCUACUGGGCACCAUCUAUUUCUACAUCUAUUUGCCAGAAACCAAAGGACGCACCUUGCAGGAGAUUGAGGACUACUUUUCGGGAAGAACAGACACCCUCAAGAAGCCGAAAAUCACGACUGUGAAUAACAAUAAGCCUGUUGUUUUGCAAACUCAUAAAGGAGAUCUUUUGCCUGAAAAGAAAAGACAUGCAACAUUUUGGUAUCCUGCAUCAGGGUAUCUCUUCUGCACCAGUGAAGGUUCAUUGAAGACGUGAAAUAUUGAGAACAUUGUUUAUUGUGAUAAUUUGUGCUAGAUUGAAACGUAGAUUUUAAAGCAUGCUUGAACCAAUUUCUAAAGACUGACAAGUGUAGUGUGAAUGAAAAUUCCCAACUAGUUUUAAGUAUAGCAUAUUAACAUACUUUCGGAACGUAAUUUACAGAGGAUAUAAGUAUUAUUUUAUAUGACUCUUUUUCAUGUAACACUUGAAUACUUUUCAAUACUAGGACUAAAAAUUCAUUGUAAUGCCUUACAAUGUUGUUUUUGAAGUGAACUUUUGUAAAACUUUAAGGCUAGUGAUAUUUGUUAUGUAAACUAGGCUAAUGUGAAAAGAUUUUUCUAGAAACUAUUGUAGUUUUAGCUGUGGAAAUUAUCAUUAGAAUCCAUUAGAUUCACAGAGUUUUAGUUUUUCUCAUUCCAUUUUGUAGAGUUGAACUUAAUGUUUGAAGUAAGGCAAAUAAAAAUGUAAUGUUCUUUUAAUAUACAACUGAACCAUUUAUUUGAAAAGCCUACAGAUAUGACAUUGUAUUACAUUGCUACUUGUAAU